AGGGGCAAAAGCCAGCCGCGGCCCGGACCGGAGGAAGCGGCGGACGCCGCUCGGCUCUGAUCGCGUCGGGCGAGAAAAAGGGCGGGAGACGGGGGGAGGGCGGCCGGCGAUGGCUGCGGCAGACGCCGUCAUCGCGGACGGCCGGCGGUGGUGCAAGGGCGGGAGCCCGUCGUCGUCGCCGGUAACCACCGCCAUCUUCCUCUUCUUCUUCGUCGUCGUGGUCGGCGUCCUCGUUUCCGCCCGCUGGAUCACCACCACCAGUCAUCUGACGAUCACCAAUCUGGAUGAGUGGCGCACAAAGACGACAAUCCUGACCGCCACGGGGACGACCUCCAUCCCCGCCACCCCCGCCGCGCCGCCGCCGCCGCGCCCGGCCUACUCCAUCUCCUGCUCGGCGCCGCCGCUGCCCCGCGACCCUGCCGUACCCAGCAACAUCUCCCAGACCCUCCACCUCGCGCUCUCCUCCCACCCCAACUGCGCCUCCGUCCCCGAGCCCCAACCCCUCCCCCCAACCACCACCACACACUCCUCUUGCCCCGCCUACUUCCGCUUCAUCCACGAGGACCUCCACCCGUGGCGAGCCGCGGGGGGGAUCACCCGCGCGAUGCUCGACCGCGCGCGGGCCACUGCCAACUUCCGCCUCGUCGUGCUCCGCGGCCGCGCCUACGUCGAGCGCAUCGCCCCGGCCUUCCAGACGCGGGACCUCUUCACCAUCUGGGGCAUCCUCCAGCUGCUCCGCCGGUACCCCGGCCGCGUCCCUGACCUCGAGCUCAUGUUUGACUGCGUCGAUUGGCCCGUCGUCCGCGCCGAUCAGUACCAGGGAGAGAAUGCCACCGUCAUGCCGCCGCUCUUCCGGUACUGUGGCGACAACGAGACGCUCGACGUCGUCUUCCCGGAUUGGUCCUUCUGGGGUUGGCCAGAGAUCAACAUAAAGCCGUGGAAUGCAUUGCAGAAGAAGUUGAAUACUGGCAAUAAGAGGGUGAAAUGGGUGGACAGAGAACCUUAUGCUUACUGGAAAGGGAAUCCAGAUGUUGCAGCUAAAAGACAAGAGCUGGUUAAGUGCAAUGUCUCCAGUAAGCAUGAGUGGAACGCACGAAUUUACAAACAGGAUUGGAUCAAAGAGAGUAAAGCAGGAUACAAACAAUCAGAUUUGGCUAGUCAAUGCACACACAGGUACAAGAUUUACAUCGAAGGAUCAGCAUGGUCAGUCAGUGAGAAGUACAUUCUGGCGUGUAAUUCAAUGACACUGGUUGUUACACCAAACUAUUAUGAUUUCUUUUCAAGGGUGCUGAUUCCGACUCAGCAUUAUUGGCCAGUUCGAGAAAACAAUAAGUGCAGCUCCAUAAAGCACGCUGUUGACUGGGGCAAUUCAAACAAGAAAAAGGCACAACAAAUAGGAAAGAAAGCAAGCAAUUUCAUUCAACAAGAGCUCAGCAUGGACUAUAUAUACGAUUACAUGUUUCACCUCUUAACUGAGUAUGCUAAGCUCCUGCGGUUCAAGCCAACCAAACCACCUGAAGCUGUUGAGAUCUGUCCAGAGUCAUUGGCAUGCCAAGCUAUAGGCCGUGAAAAGAAGUUUAUGGAGGACUCUAUGGUGAGGUCUGCCAAGGAUGCAGGGCCGUGUGAUCUGCCACCUCCGUUCAGUCCUGAGGAAUUCAUAGAACUACAACAGUGGAAGGAGAAGUCGAUGAAGCAGGUGGAAACAUGGGAGAAAAAGGCUUCGAAUACCUGAGGAUAACAAGCAUUGAGAGCUUACUGUUUUUCCUUUCCUAACAACAUGCAUAUAAAGUUUUGGUCAAUUAUUUAGGAUGGGUGGUUUAUACACAUAUUCUGUAGUGGUAAUAAUCAGGAGUUUUUUUUUUCUUAUUUAAUUCAAUCCAAUGUGUAACAUCUAGAGGACUGACAAAUGGUUCUAAUUAUUCACUCUGGUCCUACUCCUAACCACUUUCCCUUCAUACUUGUUAAGGAAAUAGUUUCUUUAUACUCUAUUUGAGUUGGAGCGAAAGAACCGGAUCAUAUUGAGCAGUAUCCCCCAAAGUAAAUACCUAUGUCAUUUUGUACCAAUCUUGGAAAAAGGAAUUACU